AUGAAUAUCAUCACCUUUCUUUUCGGAUUCCACGCCCUAUGGACAAUCCAAGCCUCGCUGGCGGCUCGGGUUGACCAGGCGCCCUCGAGUAUCUCCCCGUUCGAGGUCCAUUCGCUUCCUGGGGCUCCUUCUUUGCCGCCCAGCUGGGCUGGACGGCUUCCUGUGCCGGACGUGGAAGAGGGUAAUUCGUUGUUCUUUUGGCUUGUCGAGGCUGAGGAUUCUGCAUACGAUGACAAUCUUAUCAGUCAGUUGAUCAAAUACACUUUUCAGAAAUGCAAGCUGAUAAGACUAGUUUGGCUCAACGGCGGCCCAGGUUGUUCGUCCUUGCUAGGACUGACAGGAGGCAACGGUCCAAUGUCCUUCGUUGGCAACUCGACCAAGCUGGAGAGUAACCCAUACUCCUGGUCUAAACUCGGCCAUGUGCUGUACAUCGACCAGCCGGUUGGCACGGGAUACUCGACCGCAAGCGAUCCAUACCCAGUGCAUGACAUGGACCGAGUGACAUCCGACUUUCACGCAUGGCUGCAGUCCUUCCUCACGCAGUUCUCUCACCUCCAAUCGAAACGCGUGCACUUGAUCGGAGAGUCCUACGCGGGCUUCUACAUUCCCUACUUCGCCUCUGCCAUCAUCGACAACCAGGACUCCUUCCCAUUAGACCUCGCUUCCCUGUCCAUGGGCGAUCCCACAAUAGGAGACCCCGCAGCCAUGACCUCCGUGAUGAUCGGACAAUACCUCGAAUCCCAAAAAUCCGCCCUCCAGAUCCCCGACGACAUCAUCUCAGCUUUCACAGAAGGAAGCGAAGAAUGCGGCUUCGACGGAAUCGCGCAAAAACUAAACACAUACCCUCCGAAAACUGGCCCCAUCCCUAUCCCGGGAAACCCAGACAACCUCUACACCCUGAAAGGCGCAGACGCGCUCAUCAACGGAGAUGACUGCUACCCACACGCAACCGACGCAGACGGCGUCCUAUACUCCAUCCUAAACGAAGCAGAUUGCCUCGGCUCCUGCGCAACCUUCAACACAGCCAUCGACUACCUCUACACCAAAAACAACUGCUUCGACCAGUACGACAUCAGCAACUGCUGUGACAAAAUCAGCCAAUUCCCUAUCCUCGCGAACUACUUCGGCCGCGCAGAUGUCCAAGCAGCGCUCAACAUCCCGCCUCCAUCGACAGACUCGCCGGCCCAUUACUCCGCCUGCAGCAACAACAUCCUCGCAGCCCUAACUCUAUCCGAAACCGCCACCAUCCCGACCUCACCUACAUUCUCCAUUCUCCCUUCAAUCCUCAAUAACGGCAGUAUCGCGGUGCACGUGUACUCCGGCGAAUACGACUUCCUGCUCAACCACUUCGGCACGGAACUCGUUCUGCAAAAUAUGACCUGGAACGGCGCGCAGGGGUUCGUGGAGAAGCCGUCGAAGGCGUUUUACAGCGAUGAUGCUAUGCCGGAUGAUAGCGAGAAGGGUGAGGAUAAGAAUGUGGCGGGGACUUGGGGUGAGGAGCGCGGGCUGAGUUAUCAUUUCUUCCAUGGGGCGGGGCAUAGUGUUUUUGCGAAGAAGGGGAGGGAGAUGUUUGCUUUUGUUAGGGAUGUUGUUGUUGCUUAG